AUGGCCGAGACGGCCUCCGCGACUGUACCCGCGACCAGCGCGCAGCCAGCAGCCGCAACAGCAGGGGCUCCGAAUGCGCCGGCUGACCAAAACGCGACUAAUCGUGGCUUGCCAUACUACGAGAAGCUGCGGCGCGAGCUGCGGGAUACGCUGGCCAAGAAGCGGAUGAUGGACAGGAGCAUGGCCCAACUAGAAGACCAGAUCUUCCGCUUCGAACAGUCCUACCUUGAAGAAACAACUGCAGGCAACAUUAUCAAAGGCUUUGACAACUACAUCAAAGGCUCAGCCAACACGUCAACCCUCGGUGCUUCAGGGCUGGGCAUCGGAGGAGGCGCGCGCCGCAAGGCCCAAGUCACAGACGCUGAUCGAGUUUUCUCCCGAAGUUCAGCAAGUUACAUGCAGCAGGAUUCACCCGGUCCCUCCUCUGUACAAACCACGCCCUCCCACGCAGCGACACCCACGUCUACGCCAGGGCCAAAUGGCCUGAAUAGGACCAAUGGAGGGGACGUGUCUGUCUCAGGAAAUGCUGCGAAGAACUCGUCCGGAUCAUCGAAGAAUAAGAAGAAGGCCGGCGGUGGAUCGAAGAAUACGAAAGGCAAGACGGAGGAGCUCUCCGAUGAUGGCGAGAAGCCGUCUGUGAAGCGCCUCAAGAUUAGCUAUGGGCGGGAUUAG